CCCAAGCUCCCAUCUGCAGGCGGGGAGGUAGCUGUAGAAGCAAGGCAAAUCACACAACCGAAGAGCCAGAAAGUGAGAUACUCUGUUUAACCUCCUCUGAAAUUACAUCAUCAUGCCGCCCUCCAAACUGAAAAUCACAACCUCCUCCCUCCAGCGCCUCGUCAAAGAAGAAGCCUCCUACCACCAGGAGCUCGCGCAGCAAGAAGCCCGCAUCAAGCAUCUCGAGGAAAACCCCGGGAGUGACGAGAAUGCAGAGUAUCAGCUGCGGCAGGAGCGUCAAGCCGUUUAUGAAACCAAAAAGGUGCUCCCGACCGUUCGGGCGAAAAUCGCCGACGCCAUAAAAGAGCUCGAGGCGCUUCUCGAAACGAAUAAGGCCGAAGGAGGCGAGGCACCGACGGAAGAGGUCACCAAGGCGAAGGAGGCGAUUGCCGAGGGGAGGAAGGCAAUGAGGGAGAUCUCUUGAGGGAAGUCGAGCCUAGUUGGUAUACCCGGAUGAUAGGAGCUGGGAGUUUUGGAGGUAGGACAAGUGGGGGACAAAGAUCUCUCGAGGUAUCUCCUUCGGAAAAGAAAUAUGUGCAUAAUAAAAUAAUCAUCCAAAGACAUUAC